AAGCACCUUUAUGUAGGUCGGCCUACAAAAAGCAAAUGUCAAAAUCGGCAAUUGUUGAUUUAUUUUUAUCCAUUACUUUGCAUAAUGUUUUUAAUUACAUUUUUUUCAAUAAAUUUCUCCUGAGUUACGUGUAGAAAUGUGAAAAAUUUAAAGAAGAAAUUUGUUCACAAUUAUUGUAUUGUCAUUACUUUUGGAAUUGUUUAUAAAUUGAAUUUUGUAAAAACAAAAUAUGACAUCUGUGCCACCAAUAAAACCUCCUCGAGGAAUAAAACACUCAAAAGAGACGAGUGGACUGUUAAUAACAGUAAUUAGAGCAUUAUCAGCAAGUGAAACAAAUGAACAGAGAGAAGUUGAAAAAGCUAAACUUGAGAAAGAAUAUAAAAGAAGUGAUCAACGUUUGGAUGAAUUGGUUUCACUUCAUGAUCAAGAUCUCACUGAAGUUAUGAAGAUAUUUACUGCAUUAUCUGAAAAAGUAACUUUGGCAAGAGAAAAGAUACACGCUGUCAAAGAGAAUUUAAAUGCCUGUAAACAAUUAUUAGGAUGUAGAAGAGAUGAAUUAAUGAAAUUAUGGUUGGAAGGUGUUGAGCAUAAGCAUGUUUUACAACUUUUAAGUGACAUAGGUGAAUUAAGAGAAGUUCCUUCUCAAUUAAAUGUUUAUUUGGAGAAAAAACUUUAUUUACACGCAACGCAACUUCUUGUUUCUUCUUUAUCUAUGGGAGAAGGAGUACUAGAAGGCGUUGAAGCACUUCGUGAAGUGAAAACAGAAUUGGAACUUAAAAAACAAUUAUUAAAUUCUACUCUACUUGAAGAAUUGAGUAAGAAUUUGUAUUAUGAUUCAACUUUAGAAGCACCUUUGCAAAGACAAGGUUCAAAUAGAGAUUUUCAAAGGGGUAUAGAAUUGAGAAAUUCGAAAGGAAGUAAAAUUAAAAAAAGUUUUCUUGACGUAACAACUACGUUCCCAACAAAUAUCAGACGCUCUAGUAAUGUUAAUUUGGAAGAUUUAAAUAACGUAAUUGAAGAGGAAGAUUCCCUUGGCAAUGAGAAGAGUUCAGAACAUUUUCUUGCAAUUAUAAUCGAGUGCUUUGCAAUUUUAAACAAAAUUCCCGAAACAAUUGAGGUUAUUAAAUUACAAAUGAAAACCGAAUUAUUGGGUAUAGUGACGCGAACAACAAAAAAUAUAAUUGAAUCACACAAGAAUAAAACAUUAAUUAUUCCACAAAUAAAUAUUGAAAAUGAAAGUACAUGUAUUACUGAAUCACAAGGUCAAUCGUUACUUCGUGAAUUGUUACAAACUCUUUUUGAUCAAUGCAGACUUGUUGUCACUGCUCAUACAACGGCAUUGCGAAGUUUCUCUCAUGUUAAUAAAAAAUAUAAUCUACAAGUUCAAUUGUAUAGUAUAAAAGACGUUUGGAAUAAUAUUCAGGAAGUUUUUCAGAUAUUGUUAACUGAAUAUCUUGAUGUACAAAAUAUGGUUGAAGAUUCACUUCAAGCACCUAAUUCUAAUUCUUUGAAUGAACAAACAAUGGAUAUUAAUGGUUAUUUUGCUAAACGAAAACAAACAAGACAAAAAAGUGGUUCGUUAUUUAAAUUCGAAUCUUCCACACAUCCGGCAUUUAUGAACAGUUAUCUCAAAGAACACAGAUAUAGUAAUUUAACAUUAACUGAUAAUGUACAUUCUGUAGAUGAAAAAAAACUUGUGUGUGAACCAGAUCCUAAAAAUGUGACUCUUAUUUUUCGACCAAUGAUGCAUUUUAUAGAAGAAAUUGAACAGGCUUUGGGAAAUACACCAGGAAAUCCAUGUACGUUAAAUAGUUUUAUUGCUGAUUAUGUGAAAGAAAUGUAUUUGGCGAGGCAUCAUGUUCAAGUAGCAACGGCAAUUGAUGCGGCUAUUAGAAAUCCUAGUGCUUGGUCUGCAAUGACACCGCCUGAACAAAUGCGUAGUAUUGGAUUAACUCGACCCUUAUUGGAAAGUACAGUGAAAGUCGAACAGUGUGUUCAAGAAUUGCGAUCAUUAAUGAUUGCUCUGCCUUUACAAGGCGAACAUUUUUGCACUUUAACAUUAAACGUUUUGAAUAACUAUCGAGAAACAUGUCAAACUGCUUAUCGAGAUAUCGUUCAACCCGAUGGCGAAGAUAAACAAAUUUGUUCUGCAGCUUGGCUAAAGGACGAUGAUAUCAGUAGAUUUAUAAGAUCUUUGCCUAAUUGGGAGAGUUUAAAAAAUGAAAUGCAGUCGCGAUCUAUACCAAUUGGUAGAAGACCACGACGUCAAGAAACACAGGACGAGGAAAGCCCUGAGGAAGUUAGACAGCGUAAUUUACGAGAAGCUGAAAUAUUAGCGAGUAAUUUAGGAGAAGGUGGAAUUAAUGCACAUGAAAUUAUUUCUGAUAUAAAGCAAUUAAAGACAUUGGCACUUUUACAAGAGAGUAUUGAAUGGUUUUCACAAUCAACAAGAUCAUUUAUAUCGGAUUUAAGACGCUCACGUGCUGAAGUUGAACAUCAAACACUUGUACCUGAUAUUUCAGAAUCUCUCAUUGAAUCUUUGGAACAAGUGGCUAAUGAUUUUGAUGAACUUGCAAAUACCUGUAUUCUUCUCUUACAUUUGGAGGUAAGAGUCCAAUGUUUUCACUAUCUACAUCCGAGGGGAGAAUAUGAUCAUUUGUGUAGUAAAAUCAAAGAUCCAGAGGAAGCAGAUCCACGUGUUGAAGAUCUCAGCCGAGUAUUACAACAAAUUGACGAAGCUUUGCAGACAACGCUUCAUCCGAAAAAAACAAAAUAUGUUUUUGAGGGAUUGGGUCAUCUUAUAUCGAAAAUUUUGAUUACUUCCGCUCAAUAUAUUGGAAAAAUUGAUGACAGUGCAAUACAUCGAAUGUGUAGAAAUGUUUUUACUCUUCAACAAACAUUAACAAACAUUACAAUGACAAGAGAAUUGGCUCUUGAUUAUGCACGUCAAUAUUUUGAACUUUUUUAUGAAACACCUGAUGAAAUUAUUAAUACAGUUUUGGAACAUGGACCACGUUUCUCUGAAUUGGAAUAUAUGAAUGCUUUUCAGCUUAUUUCACGAAGUCGAGAAGAAUAUACAACGAUAAAUAAGUACCUUGAGAGACUUUCGGAAAUUCUUGGCGAAGUUGGAGUUACAGUUUGAUGUUAUAGAUUUCUUUGAAAUCAACUAAAGUUUAGCAAUGAAAUCAAUGAUUUUUAUUCACUGAAUGCCUUGUUAUAUUUUAAUUGAGAUUGGUAUUAAGGAAAUAUUAACUGAAUCAUUGUAAAUAGAUAAAAUAAAUUAAAAUUGUUUUACUAAUAUAA